CUAUGGGCGCGAGCUCGUGCCAGCGCGCGCCCUGCCCUUCCACUAGAGGUUCGGGCACGCGCGUCUGUGCAUGUAUUCCGUUCCUUCUUUUUUUUUUUUCCGAAGAGUCGGUGAGCAGCCCGGCGUUCACCCACCGCCAUGAUCUGUCUCUUCUUAACGCUCUUCGCUCACGUCUUCAAGACAGGAUGGACGGGUGUGAACGAGCGCACUUUCAUCGCCAUCAAACCAGACGGUGUCCAGAGGAAGCUAGUGGGAGAAAUCAUCCGCCGCUUUGAGAGAAAAGGCUUUAAACUGGUCGGCCUCAAGUUCCUUCAGGCUUCUGAGGAGCAAUUGAAAGAGCAUUACUUGGAAUUGAGAGAGAAGCCUUUCUACAAAGGCCUUGUGAAAUACAUGAGCUCUGGGCCUAUUGUAGCGAUGGUUUGGCAAGGACUGGAUGUGGUGAAAACCUCCAGAAAGAUGCUUGGAGAGACAAACCCCGCCGACUCGCUUCCAGGAACCAUCCGAGGAGAUUAUUGUGUGGAAGUGGGACGGAACAUCAUCCAUGGCAGUGAUUCAGUGGAAAGUGCUCAAAGAGAAAUCUCCCUGUGGUUCAGGGAGCAUGAGCUGGUGUGCUGGGAAGAGAGCACUGAGCACUGGAUCUACGUAUGAUGCCCUCCUUAUACAUCAACACACUUACAUCCAGCGGUGUGGCCUGAUGUAUGUCUAGCAAUACUAAAUAGUUACCUGAAGUACAAUUCCACAGAAUUGGUACAAAAGCUUGAAUUGUUUGUCAACUCUGAAGAAACGCCAGCACGUCCGGUUGGUGGCACAGCAAAGCACUUAUAGCUUAUAGCCUUAUUGAUAUUUGAUAAGCAAAAAAAAAAAGAUUAGUACACAUGCUGUUACCGUUGUUUGCAUUGUUCAAAAUGUACAAUUUGGGUAUCUUCUGAGGUCCUGUUUUUUUUUUUUUUUUUGCAUGUUUUCUUGGGCAGGGGCAUAAAAAACGAACAAAAACUAUGUACCUUCUGAUCCUUCAUGAGGCCCUCAUUGUCAUUAGAUAGCUUGCAUUAUAUACGUAUUUGGAUUUAUAUUGACAUUUCAUACAUUAUCAUUUAUGUCCUGGCCACAGUAAAUAAUAAUAAUAUAAUAAUGAUAAUAAAAAAAUCACUUGGUGUAUACCUCAUCAAGAAUUCACCUUUUAAUCUGCAAAUUUAAGCCCAAAAACAAAUGAUCUGGUAUAUAAGCAAUGGAGAAUAUACUGUACAACCCUGUUCCAAAAUGCUGCAGUUCUAACCAUCUCAGAAGAAAGGUUUUUGUGUACAUGAGGCAUAGACCACUCCAGCAUCUUUAUUUAAAGCUAUACACACACAACACUAAAGAAACGGAAAGCACCAGCAUCAUUUACUCACACAGGGCCUCUUGUGGGAGCUGAAGCGUACGUACUGUACUGUAUAAGUGACCGUAAUGCCAAAAGGCUCUAACUCUUGUGCUGUUGUUUACACUGUAGUUUCGGCACCUUCAUAUUUUCUGUACUCCAUGUUUAGCUGUUUCUUGUGCUCUGCUGAUCGACACACUUUGUCACGAAAUAAAAGCCUUUUUUAAAGCCA